CAGUGAUCUCCAGGGACACAGAGUCUCUUCUGGGUCCCAGUUGUCCUUUGAUUCCUGGGGGGACUUUGUCCCCAUUUCCUGAGCCGCAGUGCGGACCACAGCCCCUUCAUCUGAGCCCCACUGGGGACCCCAGGUCCCCCUCCUGAGCCCUGGGGGCUUCCCUCAGCCCCCUUCUCUGAACGCCACUUGUCUCUCAGCCUUCACAGACUCUGAGCCCAAAAGAAGCCAGAAGGCGUCUCCUCUCAAACACACAGAGGACCUCAGCUCCCCGUCCUGGCACCCCAAACUCUGAGUCCUAGUGGGGAGCUCAGAUCCCUUCCUUCAGGAAACCUGGUUUCCCUUUGGCGAUUCCUUCCAGUGGGCAUCCCAGAGCAGCCCGGGCCUCAGAGGUCCAGCUGCCACUCAGUUCUCCUUCCUCUGGAGCCUCCAGACCCCUGGCCUGGGCACCCAGGUUCUAGUUCUGAGCCUCGAGGGGACCACAGCUUUCCUGUGGGUCCCAUCUUCUUUGCUGAGUUUCUGUGGGUACCCCAGGCCCUCCUCUGAACCUCAGAGGGUUCCCCAGCCAGAAGAUCUAGUUUUUUCUCUUCCAAGCCCCAGAGGCAACCUUGACACCCCCAUUUGAGGUUCUAGGGACGAUUCAGAUCUUCCCUCUCAAUAUUCCAGUGGAAACUGAGCCCCUCACCCCCUUCCAGACCCCAGGCGCUUCCCUCCCCACCCCAGGAGCCCUCCUCGGCUCUGCCUCCUUUGCACCUGAGCCCCGUCACUGGCUGUAAAGAUGAUGAUGUGGUCCAACUUCUUCAUGCAAGAGGAGGACCGGCGGCGAGCGGCCGCGGGCCGGCGACGGGCUCAAGCACAGCACAAGUCCUGGCUGACCCCAGAGCAGGAGGGGAAGAUCAAGCUGGUGCUGCUGCUGACCACCGUGGGUGCCACGCUGGCCGUGCUGGCCGUGGGCACCGAGUUCUGGGUGGAACUCAACACCUACAAGGUCAACGGCAGUGCCGUCUGCGACGCUGCCCACCUGGGGCUGUGGAAGAUGUGCACCAAGCGACUGUGGCAGGCCGACGUGCCCGCGGGCAGAGAGACCUGUGGCCCGCAGAGCUGCCCGGAGCCCAGCCUGUGCCCCAAGACCAACCUGUACCCCUAG